CAUUUACCUACAGAUUAUAGCAGAGCAGAUCUGAUUGAGAAGAAAAAAGAAGAAGAAGAGGGCAUGACAAUGAUCAGAUGCAUCUCGAUGGCAGCGUUCCUCGUGGCACUAGUUGCAUCCAUCUCCAUGGUUUCAGCAUCUCCUGAGGCAGAGUUUGUUAAGAAGACCAUCUCUUCCCACAAGAUCGUCAUCUUCUCCAAAUCCUACUGCCCGUAUUGCAGGAGAGCAAAGUCUGUGUUCAGUGAGCUGAAUCAGGUUCCUCAUGUUGUUGAGCUUGACGAAAGAGAAGAUGGGGGGAGUAUCCAGAGUGCACUUGGAGAGAUUGUUGGAAGGCGAACAGUGCCACAGGUUUUCAUUAACGGAAAGCACAUCGGAGGAUCAGAUGAUACCGUAGACGCGCAUGAGAGCGGGGAACUGGCCAAGCUUCUUGGCGUUUCCGGAAACACAAGAGCUGAACUCUAGGCUGAAAUAUAGUUUAAAUAACUGAUAAAACUCUGCGUCUGUGAUUAUCAGUUGUUCGAAAUUUGUAACGGGGUUUCUGAAGAUUUUAAAACAGCUUGGCAUGGCCUUGUUAAACAUAUUUAUCAAUUACUGCAAGUUGAGUUAAACAUAUUUAUCAAUUA